CCAAUGAUAACAGAAUCAGCAACAGCCACGACAACUAAGAGAACAACUGUUAGUACAACUGAAACAACUACACCAGCCACAACAACUGAGAGCACAACUGUUAGUACAACUGUAACAACUACACCAGCCACAACAACUGAUAGCACAACUAUUAGUACAACUGAAACAACUACACCAACCACAACAACAGAAUCAACAUCAGCCACAACAACUGAGAGCACAACUGUUAGUACAACUGAAACAACUACACCAACCACAACAACAGAAUCAACAUCAGCCACAACAAUUGAGAGCACAAUUUUCAGUACAACUGAAACAACUACACCAGCCACAAUAACUGAGAGCACAGCUGUUAGUACAACUGAAACAACUACACCAGUCACAACAACUGAGAGCACAACUGUUAGUACUACUGAAACAACUAUACCAGCCACAACAACUGAGAGCACAACUGAAACAACUACACCCACCACAACAACAGAAUCAACAUCAGCCACAACAAUUGAGAGCACAAUUUUCAGUACAACUGAAACAACUACAACCACAACAACAGAAUCAACAUCAGCAACAACAACUGAGAGCACAACUGUUAGUACAACUGAAACAACUACACCAGCCACAACAACUGAGAGCACAGCUGUUAGCACAACUGAAACAAAUAUACCAGCCAAAACCACUGAGAGCACAACUGAAACAACUACUCCAACCACAAAAACAGAAUCAGCAACAGCCACGACAACUGAGAGCACAACUGUUAGUACAACUGAAACAACUACACCAGCCACAACAACUGAGAGCACAACUGUUCGUACAACUGAAACAACUACACCAACCACAACAAGAGAAUCAACAUCAGCCACAACAACUGAGAGCACAACUGUUAGUACAACUGAAACAACUACACCAACCACGACAAGAGAAUCAAUAUCAGCCACAACAACUGAGAGCACAACUGUUAGUACAACUGAAACAACUACACCAGCCACAACAACUGAGAGCACAACUGUUCGUACAACUGAAACAACUACACCAACCACAACAAGAGAAUCAACAUCAGCCACAACAACUGAGAGCACAACUCUUAGUACAACUGAAACAACUACACCAACCACGACAAGAGAAUCAAUAUCAGCCACAACAACUGAGAGCACAACUGUUAGUACAACUGAAACAACUACACCAGCCACAACAACUGAGAGCACAACUGUUAGUACAACUGAAACAACUACACCAGCCACAACAACUGAGAGCACAACUGUUAUUACAACUGAGACAACUACACCAGCCACAACAACUGAGAGCACAACUGUUAUUACAAAUGAAACAACUACACCAGCCACUAUAACAGAAUCAACAUCAGCCACAACAACUAAGAGCACAACUUUAAGUACAACUGAAACAAAGACACCAGUCACAACAACUGAGAGCACAGCUGAAACAACUACACCAGCCACAACAACUCAGAGCACAACUGUUAGUACAACUGAAUCAACUACACCAGCCACAACAACUGAGAGCACAACUUACAGUACAACUGAAACAACUACACCGGUCACAACAACUGAGAGCACAGCUGUUAGUACUACUGAAACAACUACACCAGCCACAACAACUGAGAGCACAACUGAAACAACUACACCAACCACAACAACUGAGAUCACAACUAGCACAACUGUUAGUACAACUGAAACAACUACACCAGCCACAACAACUGAGAGCACAACUCUUAGUACAACUGAAACAACUACACCAGUCACAACAACUGAGAGCACAGCUGUUAAUACAACUGAAACAACAACACCAGCCACUACAACAGAAUCAACAUCAGCCACAACAACUGAGAGCACAACUGUUAGUACAACUGAAACAACUACUCCAGCCACAACAACUCAGAGCACAACUGUUAGUACAACUGAAUCAACUACACCAGCCACAACAACUGAGAGCACAACUUACAGUACAACUGAAACAACUACACCGGUCACAACAACUGAGAGCACAGCUGUUAGUACUACUGAAACAACUACACCAGCCACAACAACUGAGAGCACAACUGAAACAACUACACCAACCACAACAACUGAGAUCACAACUGUUAGUACAGCCAAGACAACUACACAAGCCACAACAACUGAGAGCACAACUGUUAGUACAACUGAAACAACUACACCAGCCACAACAACUGAGAGCACAACUGUUAGUACAACUGAAACAACUACACCAGCCACAACAACUGAGAGCACAACUCUUAGUACAACUGAAACAACUACACCAGUCACAACAACUGAGAGCACAGCUGUUAAUACAACUGAAACAACAACACCAGCCACUACAACAGAAUCAACAUCAGCCACAACAACUGAGAGCACAACUGUUAGUACAACUGAAACAACUACUCCAGCCACAACAACUGAGAGCACAACUGUUAGUACAACUGAAUCAACUACACCAGCCACAACAACUGAGAGCACAACUUUUAGUACAACUGAAACAACUACACCAACCACAAUAACAGAAUCAACAUCAGCCACAACAACUGAGAGCACAAUUGUUAGUACAACUGAAACAACUACACCAACCACAACAACAGAAUCAUCAGCCACAACAACUGAGAGCACAACUGUUAGUACAACUGAAACAACUACACCAACCACAACAACAGAAUCAUCAGCCACAACAACUGAGAGCACAACUGUUAGUACAACUGAAACAACUACACCAGCCACAACAACUCAGAGCACAACUGUUAGUACAACUGAAUCAACUACACCAGCCACAACAACUGAGAGCACAACUUACAGUACAACUGAAACAACUACACCGGUCACAACAACUGAGAGCACAGCUGUUAGUACUACUGAAACAACUACACCAGCCACAACAACUGAGAGCACAACUGAAACAACUACACCAACCACAACAACUGAGAUCACAACUGUUACCACAACAUCUGAGAGCACAACUGUUAGUACAACUGAAACAACUACACCAGCCACAACAACUGAGAGCACAACUCUUAGUACAACUGAAACAACUACACCAGUCACAACAACUGAGAGCACAGCUGUUAAUACAACUGAAACAACAACACCAGCCACUACAACAGAAUCAACAUCAGCCACAACAACUGAGAGCACAACUGUUAGUACAACUGAGACAACUACACCAGCACCAUCAACAACAACAGAAUCUACAACAGCAACAACAACUGAGAGCACAACAGUUACCACAACAACUGAGAGCACAACUGUUAGUACAACAGAAACAACUACACCAAACACA